AUGGCGGAAAUAGUGUACCCGCAAGGCUGCCGUCCAAUCACCGAUGACCUCGGUCCAGAUGAACUUGUCAGGAGACUUAAGGUCUUAGCCCACACAUUACAAGGUCUCGGCCAAGAUGAAGGUAUGUACCAGCAGUACAUACCGCUGGCGCUGCACCUGGCCGACGAGUUCUUCCUCACACAUCCCUCCAGAGAUGUCCAGCUGCUCAUCGCAUGCUGCAUCGCUGAUGUACUCCGAGUCUACGCGCCGGAGGCACCCUACAAAGACCAGGAACAGGUGAAGACAAUAUUCCUGUUCCUGAUCAACCAGUUGAAUGGUCUCCGCGACCCAAAGGACCCGGCGUUCAAACGCUACUUCUAUUUGCUGGAGAACCUGGCGUACGUCAAGUCUUUCAACAUGUGCUUCGAGUUGGAAGACUGCCAGGAGAUCUUCUGCGCUCUCUUCUCGCUUAUGUUCAAGAUUGUUAACACGGAACAUUCCACAAAAGUGAAAUCCUUCAUGCUGGAUGUCCUAUGUCCUCUGAUCACGGAGUCGGACGUGGUCUCCAACGAACUACUCAACGUCAUCCUCAUGAACCUGGUGGAGCCGAACAAACGCGACCACAAAUACGCGUACUCACUCGCUAAGGAACUAAUCGUCAAAACCAGUGAAACACUUGAACCUUAUAUUCAAGCUUUCUUCAACCACGUUCUAAUUCUCGGCAAAGAAGAAAAGAAUCUUCUUAUAUACUCAAAAGUGUACGAGCUUAUCUACGAAUUAUAUCAAUGCUGCCCCUCCCUACUAUUGUCAGUACUACCGCAGUUGGAGUGCAAGUUAAAGUCCGCACAGUUCCCAGAGAGACUCAGCGGUGUAGCACUUCUUGCUAGAAUGUUCUCUGAACCAGGCUCAGAACUAGCCAAACAGUACCCCGCUCUAUGGCGAGCCUUCCUCGGCAGGUUUAACGACAUCUCAGUACCAAUCAGAAUCAAAUGCGUGCAAUACUGCAUGCACUUCCUAGUACACCAUCCAGACUUGAGGAAAGACAUAACAGAGACAUUAAAACUAAGACAACACGACGCACACGAACAAGUGCGUUACGAGGUCGUCAUGGCCAUCAUAGCGACUGCACAGAGGGACUUCCAAGCCGUCGCCGAGUCCGAAGACCUCCUCCACUUCGUCCGCGAAAGAACGCUAGACAAGAAAUUCAAAAUUCGAAAAGAAGCCAUGUCCGGCCUAGCACUCAUCUACAAGAAGUUUUUAACAGAAGAGAGCGUACCACCGGCCACAGAGAAAGCAGUCCAAUGGAUCAAAGACAAAAUCCUGCAUGGUUACUAUAUGACAGCUUUAGAAGACAGACUCCUUGUUGAGCGUCUGUUAAACACAUCCCUCGUUCCAUACACAUUGCCGGCUCCGAUCCGUAUGAAGAAACUAUUUUAUUUAAUGUCAAACGUAGACGAUAAUGCGACAAAAGCCUUCAUAGAACUACAGAAACAUCAGUUGGUAGUUCGACGUACAGUGGGCGAAUGGAUAGAACUCCACAGAAAGCCACCGACACCGGCUGUACAAAAGGAGAUGAUAGCUAAAGUUUUACACAUAAGUUCGAAGUUCUUGCCGGAGUCGGUGAAGUCGCAAGAGUUCUUGAACAAGUUCUCUCAGCACAUGAAACAGGCGCCCGAGCUGCUGCAAGGGAUGGAGACCAUACUAAACCCUAACGUCAGCUGCGAAGUCUGCGUCCGUACUACUUCAAACGUACUCAAGAAGCUCGGUCAGCCAGUAAUGACGAACCUAUACUACAACACAGUGAAGAUGUUGCUGGAGCGAGUGAGCUCCGUGAUGAUAGACCACGAGUCUUUGCUGAUACUGGUCGGGUACGUCGAGGCCACCGUCAAGGGAACCGACGCUUCUAUGGCCGAGGAGUGUGGUAUUGACGAGAAGAAAGCAGCAGAGCGUGGUCUCAAGUUGCUGGUGAUGCUAUCCUUCGUGUUCCCCUCCCACUUCCUCCACGAAGAUAUCCUGAACCGCCUCACGUCUCUACUGGAGUUAGAUGACGAGUCCAUCGCGCCCCAUAUACUAGCCGCACUCACCUUCCUAGGAAAAUAUAGGCCGCUUAGUGAAGCUUGUCCCGCUUUAUUCCCGCGCCUGAUCACUCUGUGCAAAGCAUACGCCGAGGUCGGCACGCCCAAACAAGCCAAGAACGCCGUCAGAUGUCUAUUCGUGAACGUGCCAGAGCAAAGGACGCAGAUAUUCACGGAAAUCCUGGAGACACUGAAGUCGACCCUGUCGCCGCACUCCGAGCACUACCGCACCGCCAUCGUCACGCUCGGACACAUCGCGCACAACCUGCCCGAUAACUUCCCCGUACACAUCAAGAAUAUUGUCUCCAGAAAGAUUGUAAAAGAGCUGCUAGUCCGCGAGGGCGGGUCCAGUACAUCAGUACCUGAUGAACCGUGGUGUUCCGAGGAGGACCUGCCUGAGGAGACGCGCUGCAAACUGGAAGGUCUCAAAUGUAUGGCGCGCUGGUUGCUAGGGCUGAAGAAGGAUGAACUCUCCGCACAGAAGACCUUCAGAAUGUUGAACGCUUUUAUCGUACACAAAGGAGACUUGUUACAGCAAAAUCGUCUAUCAAAAGCGGAGAUGGCGCACCUCCGCCUGGCCGCGGGCGCCGCCAUGUUGAAGAUAUGUGAACAGAAGGGAGUGGGAGACCAGUUCACUGCAGAACAGUUCUAUAACCUCUCACAUUUGAUGGUGGAUGAUGUACCACAAGUCAGAGAAGCCUUUGCCACGAAAUUACACAAGGGAUUAUCAAAGGGUAUCCCGAACAAGUGCCUCCCACUAGACUUCAUGGGUAUGUACGCCCUGGCGGGGCGCGAGCCGGAGCGCCGCGUGCGGAGUCUGGUCCGCCAGUACAUGCUCGCCGACGUAGUGCGGCGCAGGGAGUACGUCAGGAACAUCACUGUAGGGACCAAGGUGGAGCGCGCCGUGAGCCAGCUGCCGCACAUCCUGCCGGACUACAUGCUGGUGUUCGCGGUGCCCAUACUCACGCACGACCCCAGCUUCACUGCAUACGACAACGUCGCGCAACUCAAGGUGAUAAAGAACUGCCUCUGGUUCAUCCUGGAGCCUCUGAUCACGCGCAAUGACUUCUACUGCUACGGGUUUACAAGAGUCUCGUCGAACGCAUGAAGCUGCACAAGGACGCGCUCUGUGAGACUGACGAUGCUGUUAAUUAUAAACUGUGGGCGGUAUGUGACCUGGCGAUGUCAGUGAUCUGGGCGCGGUCGCAGAACUUCGAGUUGCGCGAGUUCCCGUCGGACGCGCGCAUCCCGCGGAUGUACUUCGCGCCGCAGUCGGAGUACUUCGUCAACACGCGCGUCUUCCUGCCGCCCGAACUACAGUUCCAACCCAAGAAACAAGCGGCAGGCGAGCCAAACGUCCCUCGGACCAAGAAGUCCGCGCCCCAUCACUGAACGAGAGAACACCAAUGACGUUGAGCCCUCAGAAGCGUCAGACACACAGAUACAACUGCCAGGCCUAGAGAAUCCACCUGAAACGGAAUUAGAAGAGCCUCAAGCAAAGCGCGCGGUCAGCGACUGA